GCGCUCGAUAUCACAUCCCGGAAAUGGUGCCCAUUUGAUGUCCUACAUUCCUCUCCAGGUCUCAAUCAUAUUUCUGUUCGCUGUCCUUGCAGAAUAUUAAUGUGUAACGAUGUUGUUGACGACGCGUCGGACUGUGUCUAAUGUUAUUAGACACCUGGAAGCUCGUCGGCUCCAAUAAAGCGACGUCUUUCUGGAGGAACAAUUUGAUAAUAAAAGAAAAAAACUAUGAGGCCUAAUAGGAGAGAUGAAGAACAAGUGUCAAGCUGAGGAAUUCAACACACAACAGGCAUGUCCUCACAAAUGCAAGCGUUUUCCUCUCCCUCCGUGUCCUCCAGUGGCCUGUCCCGCUCCAAGAAACUGAAGGUGGAAAACCAUGUGUGGAACGUGAGCAGCCAAUCAGGUGAGAGCAGCUACUACCAGCACAGCCCGAACCAGACGAAUGGUUCUUCCCCCUCCACAUCUGGAUUCAACCCCAGUUACAACUCCUCCAACCUGGUCUUUCCUCCUGGAGGCUCGCGGGAACAGACAGUGGUACGUGCCGCAGACAGUACUGGCAGCGUCCCGGAGCCUUCAUCCUCCUCCUCAUCAUCGUCCACAUCCAGUCGGCGUGGAAAAGAUACGGGCUCUCUGACAUGCGAGGGCUAUCAGAAACAGGGCAGCCUGAAGCGGAAGAGCGAGGAGGUGGACAGCAGCGACAGUGUGCAGAUUUUGGAGGAGCUCUCGGCUCCUGUGCUCCCUAACCGUGUGGCCGGAGGUGGAGGCAACGCCACGGCUCAGUCCAUCGCUCAUUCCACGUCCACCACCAAGAGCAGCAACUCCCACAGCGAGGGCGACUACCAGCUGGUGCAACACGAGAUCCUCUGCUCUGUCUCCAACAGCUACGAGGUUCUGGAGUUCCUCGGCCGGGGAACAUUCGGACAGGUCGCAAAAUGCUGGAAGCGUGGAACUAAUGAGAUUGUGGCCAUUAAGAUUCUCAAGAAUCAUCCAUCAUAUGCCCGCCAGGGUCAAAUAGAGGUGAGCAUCCUCAGCCGUCUUAGCACAGAGAAUGCAGACGAGUUCAACUUUGUGCGCUCUUACGAGUGCUUCCAGCACAAGAACCACACGUGUCUGGUGUUUGAGAUGCUGGAGCAGAACCUCUAUGACUUCCUCAAGCACAGCAAGUUUAGCCCGCUGCUCCUCAAAUGCAUCCGGCCGGUCCUGCAGCAGGUUUCCACGGCGCUGAUGAAGCUGAAGAGUUUGGGUCUCAUCCACGCUGAUCUGAAGCCCGAGAACAUCAUGCUUGUCGACCCCAUCAGACAGCCCUACAGAGUCAAAGUCAUCGACUUCGGUUCAGCCAGUCACGUCUCGAAGGCAGUGUGCUCAACCUACCUGCAGUCUAGAUACUACCGAGCUCCUGAAAUCAUUCUGGGCCUUCCGUUCUGUGAGGCCAUUGACAUGUGGUCACUGGGUUGUGUCAUUGCUGAACUGUUUCUGGGCUGGCCUUUGUAUCCAGGAGCUUCAGAAUAUGAUCAGAUUCGGUACAUUUCCCAGACUCAAGGUUUACCUGCAGAGUAUCUCCUGAGCGCCGGCACUAAAACCAGCCGUUUCUUCCACAGGGGCCCAGACUCCAGCUACCCUCUCUGGAGACUCAAGACUCCCGCAGAGCACGAGGCAGAGUUUGGGAUCAAGUCCAAAGAGGCUCGGAAAUACAUUUUCAACUGCCUUGAUGACAUGAUGCAGGUCAACAUGACUAACUUGGAAGGCACGGACGUCUUAGCAGAGAAGGCUGAUCGAAGGGAGUUCAUUGACCUGCUAAAGAAAAUGCUAACACUAGACGCAGACAAGAGGAUCACGCCCACUAAGACCCUCAACCACCCGUUUGUGACGAUGGCUCACCUGCUUCACUUUCCACACAGCUCACAUGUGAAGUCCUGCUUCCAAAACAUGGAGAUCUGCAAGCGCAGGUGUACAGCUUUCGACAAUAACAAGAACCUGUUCGCCAGCCACAACACCCCCAGCGCGGCCGCCAACCUUACUGUCACCUUCAGCAGUCAACUCAAUCAGCACAGUCAGAUGGCCUCCACGGGGGGCCAGUCCCUGUCUCUUAGCAGCAACGUUCCUUUACUGAACUACCAGCCUGGUCUGUACCAGCAGGCAACUAUAAAUAUACCAGGCUUGGCUCAGCAGAGUGUGCCAUUGCAGGCUCGCCCUACUCAGCUGUGUGCCCAGACAGAGCCCUUCCAGCAAACCCUCAUUGUGUGUCCUCCUACCAUCCAGGGGCUGCAGACCUCCAAUAAACACGCUGGAUAUCCAGUGAGAAUGGACAACUCGGUUCCCAUAGUGCCCCAGAACCAAUCCACCCAGCCCCUACACAUUCAGCCCAGCAUGCUCACACAGUUCCUCCACACAUCCCUCUAUCCCUUCCCCAACCAGAGCAGCAGCACGCCACUGGCGGUGGCCUCCCUUCGCCUUCCAGUGGCGGGAAUGACGCCGCUGGCCUUGGGCUCUCGGCGUCUGGAGCAGAGUGCCACCAUGCUGCAGGGCUGGCCAGCAGGCACACAGCAGAUCCUCAUUCCCUCUUCAUGGCAGCAGAUGUCAGGCAUGGCCAUGCACAAUCCCAGCCAGCCUGUGAUGUCCGAUUCACCCGUGGGCUCUCUGUUCUCAGACACCACCACCCAACAGAACAGUAGCUGGAGGGGUCGACAUGGAGGUCAGUGCGAUGGGAUGCAGCAGGGCUCUGCGCAGGGGCGUAACGUGAGCGCUCAGUCCUCCCACGCGGGAGCAGCCAGCAGUCGUACACAGCAGAGUGGAGUGAAGAGGUCAAAGGGUCGACGUGCCGAGAGCAGAGCCAGACCCACGUCCUCCCAGCAGCCGGCCUCUUUGGUAGCGCACAACUGUGGUGAUGCGUCCCAGCCCAUUGUCAUCUCCGACACUCCCAGCCCUGCCGUCAGCAUCAUCACCAUCCACAGCGACACUGAGGACGAGGACGACAGGAAGUUUCCUCCUGAAAGCUGUAGUGUGAACCAGCGUACAAACGUCAUCAGCUGUGUGACUGUCCAUGACUCCCAGGACUCCGACUCCUCCACCAGCACCCCUCUCAGUCCCAAACACCGUCCCAAGUUUGUCGAGAGCAACACACACUCCAAGUCUCUAGCCGUGGUCACGCCCUCAGUGAAAACACAGCCCUGGGAAGGAGCGUCAGGAGAGAAGAGUGCUAAUAGUUCUGGAAAAUCAAAAAAAGGAACGGCCCCACAGUCCAGCGACCGGCAUCAGAGGGCGGCAUCAAACAGAUCUCAGCCUCUCAACCUGAGCCAGGCGCAGCAAUCAAUGAUGUCAUCCCACGAUCGCGCAGGGGGCGGAUCUCUGAGACGCCAACCCACCUACCCUCCUACAGGCCCCUCCCACUCCUACAGGCUUCAUGAAGCGUCGCUCUUCGGCUCCGCCUCCAGUCUGUACGCAUACCCUGCAUCUGCAGCCCUGGCCUCUGUGUCGCAGGCGGUGGACCAGCUGCACAAUUCAGCCGGUUCCUCCUGCUCCUCUUCCUCCGGCCGGCACACACGCACCGCCGGGCCGUACUCGGCCUCUCUGAGCCUUCUGCAGAAGAACAGUGCCAUGGGCGUCAUGUGUCAGGCUUCAGCUCCGUACCAGCAACAGCAGCUGUCGGCACAGUCCUACCAGCGGCCUGCAGCGUUUCCCCUCAGCCAGAGGAAACUCAACCAGUACCCGUACCUGUGAGGAGGACCAGCCAUCUGAACGCGAGGUUUGAUAUGUGCUGGUGGAAAAUGUCAAGAUGGUGUCAUGGAUGUUCAAGUGGAAAUGCCAUUUAAGCAUCUUGCAGCAUUUCUUCUUGCAUUUUAGAUCAUUUCAAACCAUGCCAUAAACACAGAACACUGGACUUAUUUCAACCGUUUCUUAAAAUAUCACUCAUUAUGUCUGAAACGAGCCAGAAAAAUGCCUUGCCUUCAAAACUUUGAAACAUGGCUGUGUUUGGAAUAGCAUGCUAGCAUACUACUCGUUUAGGAAACACCUGUAUGACCUACUAGAUUUUGUCCAGAGCGUCUUACAAAUGAUUCAUAAUAAGAUGACUAUAACAGACCACAGUGUGUGAAAUAAUGUAUUUUAACAUCUCUCUCUUGACUUAUUUGAUUGGACUGGCAAAAAUUAAGACAUUUUUAUACAAAAAUGCAACAAAAAAGUAUUAUUAUUAUUAUUAUUAUUAUUAUUAAUAAUAAGAUUAAUUUUAAGAAUCUUAUGUUAUUAUGAUAAUAUAAGAUUUGAAUUUUGUUAUUUUCUUUGCAAAUAAGCACCUAAUUCUUAAUACCUUAAAUUCUGUUUUGCAUACUAUUUUUAAAAAGUAGGCAGUAUGCAGUGUGUACUGCACAGUAAGCAGUACGCUAGUAUUCCAUGUAAAUGUAAAUGACGUUUAAAAACAAUUUAAAUAAUGGAGGAAUUUAAUUUAAACUGGCCGUCAGAGAAUUAUGUUUCUUUAAGCUGUCUUUGGGAUGUGCGUCAGCAGAAGCGAUCUCUCCUCUAAAAAGAUAUUUAUAAGGUUUCAUUGACGUCUGCCCAAUUAUAAUGUGUUGAAAUGAUUCGUGAUAGUGAUGUCACUCUGACAACACUAAAGCAUUCUGUUGGCAGACCCAAAUUUUAUAUUUGGGACGGUUACGUUUGCAACGUAUUUUUAAGUGGCGGCCACACGACACAGGAUGUCAUUGCUGAUUGUGGUGACGGGAACCUGAACAGGCCAAAAAAACAGGAGAAAGUGAUACACAGCAAUUUUAUAUAUAUAUCGAAUUUAUGCUGAAAUAGCCCUAGUUGAAAUCGGAUUGUUUAUGAUUCGCAUUAAACGGCUUUAGAUCACUCAUGUCUUGAAAUAACCAUAAGAACAUGAUUUAAAAUAUUUUUUUCUGUUUUCAUAUAAUGUUUAAUAAGUGACAUUUUAUUUUCAUAUCAAUUUUUGUGAGAUGACCGCAGAGAGCUUUUAGUUGCGCACUAAAUAAUCAAGUUUUCAUUUUCAGUGUCACUUUUAUUGUGCUUAAUUUAUUUAUUGAAUAUGUGUGGAUUAUUAAUGGAACUUUAUAUCUGUUUUUAUUUAACCUAAUAAUGAUUACUCUUUCAUUUAAAUCCUUGUAAUUCUCUUGUAAUUUUUUACGUUGAUUUGAAAGUAUCCUCUCAUUCUACUAGCACUUAAGUUGAUUAUUUGAUUUGUAUUUUAAGUGUUUUAUCCAUAACCUACGACUGAAUUUGUCCGUGUGAAUUGUGACGACAGUUACUUGUUAUUUGUUCUGUAAUGUCUAAAAGAUGAUGUUUGGAUGGAGUGUUGUCGUGUGGGAACUUGCCCUUUGUGCACAUUGAAAUAAGAGCGAGACCUCUCACAGAUAACACUGUUUAGAUAGCGCUUAGACAGAUGGUUAACAUGUUAGCUGUUCAUCUCAGUUGAUCUUAGAGCACUUGAUGUGUUGUACUGAGCUCGUCUCGUGAAUGUUGCCGGGGUUCUUGGCUUUGGUGCAAUGAUGGCUGUUUAUACUGUUUUAGCACCAUGUGAAGUGGAGUGAAGAGUAGAUGAAAUCACAAUAAACUUUCAUCCAGAA